UCUUCUGUAAUUCGGUCUGUUUAAGUCAAGGUCUGGUCUGGUCUGACAGCUGCUCACCUGGGUCCCUAACCCUCGUUGCCAGGGAUACCUCUCCAUGGAGACAUAGUCCCAAGGGCAGAGGAGGGUUUUGGAGAGCACAGACCCUCACCUUGAUGGAGCAGCUAGUCAGAGGAGAGGAUGACGAGGUGGUGGUAGCAGGGAGAUAAGAGUGAGGGUCACAUUUGGAUGAACCAGUGGACUGGAAACCAACACACCAAGGACUUGGAUGAAGAGAAAGCUCACUCUUCACACAGUCAAGGUCUGGUCUGGUCUGACAGCUGCUCACCUGGGUCCCUAACCCUCGUUGCCAGGGAUACCUCUCCAUGGAGACAUAGUCCCAAGGGCAGAGGAGGGUUUUGGAGAGCACAGACCCUCACCUUGAUGGAGCAGCUAGUCAGAGGAGAGGAUGACGAGGUGGUGGUAGCAGGGAGAUAAGAGUGAGGGUCACAUUUGGAUGAACCAGUGGACUGGAAACCAACACACCAAGGACUUGGAUGAAGAGAAAGCUCACUCUUCACACAGGAUGGGCUAUGAUCUUGAGAGGUUUGUGGGUUAUGUGAAUGAGGGCCUGCUGUGCUGUGUGUGUCGGGAUGUGCUGGAGCGCCCCCUCCAGGCGCCUUGUGAGCAUGCUUAUUGCAGCGCAUGCAUCAGCAACUGGCUGGUCCAUCACCACUCCUGUCCAGAGGACAGACUCCCGCUGGAUGUGUGUAAUCUCAAACCCUUGUACAGGUACAUGCGUAAUGACCUGAACCGCCUUCAGAUCCGGUGUGUGAAUGCAGCUCGGGGAUGUGAUGUGGUCUGUUCCCUGGAGAGCCUGCACACACACGAGGAAGAGUGUGAGUUUGCCUUCAUGUCCUGCUCUAACAUAGGUUGUCCUGUACAGGUGGAGAGGCGGGGUUUGGAGGCCCACAUGUCAGAAUGUAACUUCCGCAGCAGAGCGUGCCCCAAUGGCUGCGGCCACACUCUCCUCUCUGCUGAUCAGUCUCAACAUAACUGUGUGGCAGAGCUACGCACUGAAGUGGAGAUUCUCAGGGCUGAGAUGCUGUGCAAGUUGGAGGAGGUGAGACGAGAGAUGGAGUCGCGGUUGGACUCACAGAGGAGACACAUGGUGCAGAAAGAGUCGCAGCUGAAGAGCGAGGUGGAGGAGCUCAAGGGCCAGCUGUCACGUGUGAUGUGUGACAUGCGAGCUCUGUUGGGAGCAGAGCGUCUGAGGAGACAGGAGUUGGCGGAAGCAGAGCUGGAAAAGAGAGAACUGUUGGAGCUCCUCAGAGACCUGCAGCCGCACAAGAGUCAGCAUCCUGUUGACCAAACAGCCAGAGACAAGCAUCAAGGAGCAUCGACAUCCGAGCGGGAGCAACACACCAAGCCAACAAGACCCCAACAGAGGGAGGCGUCCUUACAUACUUUGAGUCUGUCUCUACAUUCAGCUCAGGCAAUAAAUGAAUCAGGUCCACCUGCAUCACCGCAGCUGGGCGAGGGGGGACGCAAAGGUGGUACCCGGAGUUUGACACUGGACUGCAUCAAGAGGAAGAGCCGGGAGGUGACAGUCAUCUGAGCAAAGUGGACUGUUUGGAUAUUAGCCAGUUUAGAAAAUAACAGAUAUUUGUUUAAAUCUACCUUUAAUGGCAUUUUACAAUUUUCUAGCAUUUGGUUUUAUCAGUGAAUAUUCAUUUGAAAAAAUGUGAUAUGCUGUGACAUGGUCAUUCUAUGUACACUUUCACUUAAUCUGUGGAUCCUCAGAUUUUUUUUGUAGAAAUGUUCUCAAUGUUCUCAAAUAAUGUUUGAAAACAUACCACAGUAUGACCUCCCUUGGAUUUUGUAUUCCUCAGGUUACAUUAUAAAACAGUUACUUCCUUCAUCUCAGGACUAGAUUAUUUACAUUAUGCAUUUCUUGUCCAUCCAAUGUUGUAUUUUUGCAUUAAAAAAAAGUGUUGUCUCCUCCAACAA